UCCUUGAUCAAAAGCCUUUGCCACUACUCAUCACUGAAUGUUACUUGUGUUCUUGUCUAUUUUACCCCCAGGACGUUACCAAGAUGGACAAGGAUUAAGGCCAUCUGCUACAAGAGACCGUCUCUGAAGAUCCUUUAUCAAAAGCCUUUGCCACUUCUCAUCACUGAAUGUUACUUGUGUUCUUGUCUAUUUUACCCCCAGGACGUUACCAAGAUGAACGAGUGCAAGUUUACUGAACCAGCUGAAAAAAGAGUCAGGACUGGAAGCGCAAUCACAAUGACGCUAAAGGCCAUCCGCUACAAGAGAGGGUCUCUGGAGAUCCUCAACCAAAAACUCCUCCCUCUUGAGUCCGUUUAUAAAGAGUUGAAGUCUGCAGACGAUGGCUUUUAUGCCAUCAAGGAUAUGAAGGUGAGGGGAGCCCCAGCUAUUGCCAUUGUAGGUUCUCUGUGUGUAGCUGUGGAGCUUACUCACAUGACGUUUGAGAACAAAUCUGACCUGGUGGCCUUUAUUUCCAAGCAGUUCAGACACCUCAACACAGCCAGGCCUACGGCAGUCAAUAUGUCAGAGGCUGUAAAAAGGUUCACCAGUCUUGCAGAGGAGCUAGGCAAUGAUCCUGACUUAACGACAGAGUCAAUGAAAGACAGAAUAAUAGAAGAGGCAGAGAACAUGAUGGAGAUGGAUGUAAGGACCAAUAAGAGCAUAGGAAUGCAUGGGGCAAACCAUUAGAUGAUUUCAAGCGGGGGUGGACAGGUUGUCAUGACACACUGUAACACAGGUUCCCUUGCCACAGCAGGCUAUGGUACAGCUUUAGGGGUCAUCCGUGCUCUUCACGAGAAAGGAAACCUGGAGCAUGUCUACUGUACCGAGACACGCCCAUACAACCAGGGAGCGCGUCUGACUGCUUACGAGCUUGUGUAUGAAUGCAUACCAGCUUCUCUCAUUACAGACAGCAUGGCUUCAUUCUGUAUGCUCAAAAAGGGUGUUACGGCUGUUGUCGUAGGAGCAGACCGAGUGGUUGCUAACGGUGACACUGCAAACAAGAUCGGUACCUACCAGCUUGCCCUAGCAGCCCGUCAUCACAACAUUCCGUUCUACGUCGCUGCCCCCGUGACCUCGUGUGACCUUAGUUUGACCUCUGGUGAUGAGAUCGUUAUUGAAGAGCGGGACCAAUCAGAGCUCACCAAGAUCAACGGCAUGCAGAUUGCAGCUCCAGGAAUCAGAGGCUGGAAUCCUGCGUUUGACGUGACCCCCGCUGACCUCAUCACCGGGAUCGUCACCGAGCAUGGUGUCUUCAAACCGAACGAACUCCAGGAAAAACUGACAGAGCUUUCUUCAUCGUCGUAGUGAAUAAGUAAAGGAAGAAAAUAGUACUAAAAAACUUUAACAUGGUCCCCAUAGAAAGUCACGGAAAGUGGAGAAAACUUCCCCUAAUCAUGGAAAGUCAUGAAAAUUGUUAGGGUAAACAGAAGCCAUCACAAACCACUUCACUGCAUGGUAUUCCUUUGCGGCUCGGAUGCGGCACCCCUUGCCAAAAAUUGGUACUUAUCUGGUUAUGGACACAUGUAAAAUUGGGACACGGAAAUUCAUUUGGUAGAACUAAAAUAUGAUGAUCCACAGCACUUGUAUGGCGCCAUUGAUCUAUUUCAAACAUUCAAAGGUGCCUGCUCCUCCAAUAGUCAUGGACUACACAUCUGCUUGAAAAAAUGGGUUGUGAGGCCCUGACUUUAAGCUUUCUAGCUUGUUGGUGUCUCGAAGAAUAGGAGGGGUUGCUUAAUGUCAAGAUCCUCCAUGAAUUCUUCUAAGAGCAUCAUUGAGCCUGUCGACCUGAAGCCAUGCAAUUUCCAAGAGAAACUAACA